GGCAGCAGAGCGCGCGCGCGCGCACGCACGCGCACACUCACGCGCGCACUCCUCCCCCUCCUCCUCCGGGAUCGAUCAGCUGCUGUGUCUGAUCUCUGAUCAGCUUUGCUUCACUUUUGAUCGGCGCUUCAGAAUCUGGUCGGGUCCGUGAGUCCGUCUGUCGGUGUCGGUCUGGUUUGAGCUGGUUUCUUCUGGUUCCGGCUGCUUGUUCCGGAACUUUUGGUACUCGGUGUGAAGCUCCGGUCUCGGGUUCAGUGUUAGCAUCUUCCUGCCGGAGCUAACUGGUCUCCUCUUAGAUCUUUACGGACCAGAACCACCCCAGAGUCACUCCGAACCCUCCCGCUGCUCUCGGGACGGAACACUGAGCUCAGCUCCGAGGCUAGUUAGCCGGUUCGGUUCUUGUAGCAGGACAGCUAAGCUAACUAGCUAACUAUUAGCCUGAGUUAGCAGUUAGCAUUUAGCCCGAGCUCCCUCCGUCCUCGUCAUGCCGGCGAUGCUGGAGAGAAACCCGGAGGCUCCGGGGAAGCGGAGAGGCCGAGCCCCGGCGGGCAGUGGACCCGGGGCGGCAGCGAACCCCGGCGGGAAGAGCCUGUCCGGUAAUGGAACCAGCUGCUGGGAAGAAGGAAGUUCAGGAUCCAGCAGCGACGAAGAGCAUGGUGGAGGAGGGAUGCGGGUCGGACCGCAGUACCAGGCCGUGGUUCCGGACUUUGACCCGGACGUGGCCCAGGCAGCUCAGCUCAGAGAGAACCUCGGCAUGUUGGUGUGGAUCCCCAGCAGCUGUCUGAACCAGACUCAGUUGGACGAGUACAUCGCCCUCGCCAAAGAGAAACAUGGCUACAACAUGGAGCAGGCUCUGGGGAUGCUCUUCUGGCACAAACACAACAUUGAGAAAUCUUUGGCAGACCUGCCCAAUUUCACCCCGUUUCCUGAUGAGUGGACGGUCGAGGACAGAGUCCUGUUUGAACAGGCCUUCAGUUUCCACGGGAAGAGCUUCCACCGCAUCCAGCAGAUGUUACCAGAUAAGUCGAUGGCCAGUUUGGUUCGGUUUUAUUACUCCUGGAAGAAAAGUCGCAGUAAAACGAGUCUGAUGGACCGACAGACACGAAAACACAAGAGAGAGAGAGGUGACAGUGAAGAUGAAGCUGAGGACGGGCACGUAAAUCCUCCCAGUGACUCUGAGUUCGACCCAAAUAAAGACGAAAAGAAGGAGGUGAGUUCUGGAUCAGAGAGGUCAGAGGUCAAACCAGCUGCCGGACUGAAGACUGGCAGUAAGGCGUCUCAGCGGCUGAAGAAACGUCCUCCCAGAGGAAUGUUCCUGAAUCAGCAGGACGUCGUCUCGCUCUCGUCUUCGUCUCCUCAGGGAUUCAUCAGACAGCUGGACUGCCAGCUGGUCUCCAUCAAGAGACAG